ACCAACCACUACGAGGACGACAUUAAUGAGAUCCGGGUCGCGCCUCCCUCAAGACCCUGAGUGUCACAGUAAAAAAGGUUUUGAUUUAAUCGGCUCAGGCAGUAAUUUAUUUCAGUGUCCAAGAUCACUGAAAGGCAAAACGGACACUGCAAGACUCCAGAUAUAACGACAUAAACUACAAUGGAUUAUUCAACCAAUGACAGCAAAUCAACCAGCAAGAAUAAAGUGGUAGCUGUGGUGGGAGGUGGUUUGGUCGGUGCCUUGAAUGCCUGCUACUUUGCAAAAAGAGGUUUUCAAGUAGAGGUCUUUGAAUCUCGAGAAGAUAUCCGCCAAGCCAAAAUAGUCAAGGGAAGAAGCAUCAAUCUAGCUCUAUCUCACAGGGGUCGCCAGGCAUUGAAACAAGUGGGAAUGGAAGACACGAUUGUCUCCAAAGGAAUCCCCAUGCAUUCCAGAAUGAUCCACUCCUUGAAUGGGACACAGUCCCCCAUUCCUUAUGGCAAAAAAGGACAGUACAUCCUGUCUGUCGACAGAGCCAACCUCAACAAAGAACUGUUGUCAGCGGCAGAGACGUAUUCAAACACAAAGCUGAACUUCGCCCACAAACUACUCAACUGGAGCACUGAAACAGGAGCGAUGACCUUUCUCAGGGCUGAUGGUGCAAAGGAGGAGAUCCAGGCAGACUUGAUUGUGGGGUGUGAUGGAGCAUUCUCUGCCAUUCGGAAACAGUUCCUCCGUCAGAGCCGUUUCAACUUCAGUCAGACCUACAUCCCCCAUGGGUACCUGGAGCUCACCAUGCCCCCCAUCAAUGGAGAGUUUGCCAUGAAGCAUAAUUAUCUGCACAUAUGGCCACGCAACACAUUCAUGAUGAUUGCUCUGCCCAACUUGGACAAGACUUUCACCUGCACACUCUUCAUGCCGUUUGACGAGUUUGAAAAUGUCACUACGGGCGACCAGGUCAUUGAGUUCUUCCUGAAAUAUUUUCCCGACGCCAUCCCACUAAUAGGAGCGGAUGCUCUUAAGAGGGAUUAUUUCCGUCUACCAGCCCAGGCCAUGGUGUCCGUGAAGUGCUCUCCAUAUCACCUUAGUGAUAAGUGUGUCCUUAUGGGGGAUGCAGCCCACGCUGUGGUGCCAUUCUACGGACAGGGGAUGAACGCAGGCUUUGAAGACUGCCUUGUUUUCGACGAAAUCAUGGACCAGCUCAACGAAGAUUUCAGUGCUGUUCUGCCUGAGUACACUCGAGUCCGAGUCCCAGACGACCAUGCCAUCGCAGACCUGGCCAUGUACAACUAUGUCGAAAUGCGGUCACAUGUCAAUUCCAAGUGGUUCCUGUUCCGAAAAUACGUAGACAAUACCCUCCACAUUAUUAUGCCAAGGACAGUAAUCCCCUUAUAUACCAUGGUUACAUUUACUAGGACAAGAUACCAUGAGGCAGUAAAACGCUGGCACUGGCAAGACAAAGUGAUCAACCAAGGCCUGUUAUGUGUGGCAGCAUCUGUUGUGGGAGGCACCUACCUUCUAGUCAGAUACCCCCCUAACAUGCCAAACAUCUCCAUCGAGCAGCUGUGGACCAGGCUGCAGGCCCUCAAGAGUCCCUUCUGAGGUUUUGUGGGCUAAUACCUCUUCGUCCCAGAUAAAGGGGUGAAAACGGAGCUACAAACAAGAUGAAAAAAUACAGUGUUCUGUGACCCAAUUACCAAUGUAAUUCUUUCAUAAAGUACAUUUUAUUGACUGUAAUUGAAGGCCUGCGGGGCACAUUUUGUGUUAAUGUACAGGUAACUGCCAAAAUGAUACCCUUCUUUCAAAGUUAAUGAGAAUUCUAGCCAUGGUAACCAAAAUAAUGGGCAACUGGGCAUUUUUAUACAUAACCCUAAGCAUAAUAGGCUGUUAAUUUCUUCAUUAACUCAGUAACCGCACCUGUGUGGAAGCACCUACUUUAAAAAUCCCUCAUUUACUCAAGUGUUUAUUAAUCAUUAUUAACCAACAUCCAACUCGUGUCAGUCAUGUUGCAGUAAUUAAACAUUCUAAAUCAUUUGUGGCAUAUUAUUGUCCCAGUUCCAUGUGAGGUCAACAUGCCAGAAAAUAACUUAAGUGGCUUUUUUGUGGGUGUGUUGAAUCAAACAUAAAUACAGUAAAUAAUGUUCGAGGCCAGUACAUUAAAACCACAGUAUUUAUAUUUUUGAUUGAGGUUGCACCUGCAAGGAUAUGAGCAAAAAUAAGAUACUCUGGUCUUUUUUAUUUAACUAGGCAAGUCAGUUAAGAACAAAUUCUUAUUUUCAAUGACGGCGUAGGAACAGUGGGUUAACUGCCUGUUAGAAUGACAGAAUUGUACCUUGUCAGCUCAGGGGUUUGAACUUGCAACCUUCCAGUUACUAGACCAACACUCUAACCACUAGGCUACCCUGCCACUCAUCUUAAUGCUGUGCCAUGAUCACAAUGUUACUGCUCAACAAUACAACUGUAGUAGUCAUGGCUGCAUGACCCGUGUUGACAAAUAAUUAUUUAUCAUUAAAGUUAUAAACAUUGUUAAUACAA